AUGAUCCCAAGAGCAAGAGUCCCAUGCUCCUCCAACUGAGCCAGUCAGGCACUCCCUAAGGUGAUUCUAAUGACCCAUGUCAUCCCUCUGCCAUGUCAAAUGUUCCCUCUGUAGGACAAUGCUUCAGGCAUGGCCUGAGUUCCAAAGCCCACGGUUCCUACCAUUGUGUCCAGGUCUGGGUGUUUUGUGAGAUGUGUUGAUGGCCCUUUAAGAGGCGGUAGCUGGCUUCCGGUUGCCAUGGAGACAGCUGGACGCAGCCUGGGUAGCAGAAGGCAGCAUGUCCUCUAAACUUCAAUCCACAGUCCCCAAAGCCAAGGACCACCAGCCCUCAGCUGAAGAGAGUCUGCCAGCCCCAAAGGCCAAUGCUGAAGCCAUCCACUUCCUCAGCACCCUCGAGCAGGAGGAGCUGCAGAUGCUGCUGUUCUCUGAGACUCUGGCCAUGGUCUCGGACACGGGGGAGCCUCAGGGAGAGCUGACCAUUGAGGUGCAGAGACGGCAAAACAAAGACGAAUUUGGUGUGAUGUCACACUGCCUCUUCGUGCACGCCUUUAGCCGUGGCUUCAUGGACAAGAUGCUCUGCGGAAACUCCCUCCUGGGCUACCUCUCAUGGAAACUGCAUGUCAUGGAGCAACAUAGUCAAGAGUUCAUCAAGUUCCGCGUCCUCCCCAUGGAGAGGAAGAUGACUUUGGUGAAGCAGGAUGACCAGCUGACCAUGACCAGAAGUGUCAAGGAGGGAGAGGAAGUCAAGACCGAAGUGACUUUUAUCCCAGGGAGCUCAACCACGGGCUUCAUCUCCGAGGCUGCCAACCUGGUGUUGCUGAGGGUGAUGGCCUGGCGGCAGACGGUGCCCAGCAACGCCCGUUUCCUGGCCUUGGACAUGGAGGGCGAACUCUGCUACUCCACUUACCAAGACCUGGGCUUCCAGAAGAUCCAGGUGGACCGCCAGCAGGUAGAGGUGUUCAUCGUGGAGCAGACCGUCCACUCAGUGAAAGGCAUCCCCAAUUCCUGCCAGUUCUAUCUGCUGUCGGAUGGGCACCUGGCAAAGAGAAUCCAGGUGGGUUCCCCCGGGUACUGCCUGAUCACCCAGAUGCCUAUCUUGAGGGAGAAGGAUGAGAUUGAGCCUCGCCCCGUAUUUGAGAAGAAGCCCCUGGUGUGGGAGGAGGAUAUGGAGCUCUACGCGAGGUUCGUGGACCGGAAGGAGGAGCUCCGUCUCAGCCACAGCAGCUACCUGCGGCAGCACCCCGAGGCCCAGGCGCUCAUCUCGGACUUCCUGCUCUUCCUGCUGCUGCGCCAGCCCGCAGACGUGGUCACCUUCGCCGCGGAGUACUUCGGCCCCUUUGCGAAGCGCCACCCCCCGACCCCCGCCUUGCGCUCCUCCCACCGGCCCAGCCCCUUCCGCUCGCUGGACCCCCGGGACCCCUUGCACUAGGCGGGGCGCGGAGGGCGGAGACCCGCAGGAAGUCGGGCCAUCGCCGGGGGCGCAGCGGGGAACCGGAGGGACUCACCCCGGAGGCGCGCCUUUCGAGCUGCGGGUUUUUUUUGGGGGGGGGGGCAAUAAAUGGCCCCCAUCCCCGCAGUUCCGCUGUGGGCGCGGGAACCUUCCCUGGCCAGAGUCUUGUGUCUUGGCUAAAAAGAGGAACUGUGAACAGAGUUUAUCCAGCGAACUUCACGCUUCUUCCAAGAUGCUAUAAUCAAUACUCCCAUUUUACGGGUAAGAAAAGAGAGGCGCGGGAAGGUUAGUUAGUUAGUUAGUUAGUUAGCGGGAGUCAAACCUGGACGUUGGAUGCUAACGUUAGAUGCCACACUCUUAGUCCUUAGGUUUGUAGGGAUAAAGGGGCAGGGCUUCUUGGUGCCCCGAAGCAUAAACCAAAUUACCCUUCUUCCCGCCCCCACCCCCCACAACCAAGAAAAAGAGCAGGGGCUGCUGGGGGAUCCGGACCACCAUGGGCCUCGCUCAUCACCUCUGAAGCCUCCCAAGACAUGUGGGCCGCCAGCUCUCACACUCCACCUCCUUUUCCACUGACAGGAACCCCCAAGCUGCUUGCAGGGUCCCCAGUUACUGGCUCCCUGAGAAAAAAGGAUAGGCAGGGAAUCAUCGGCUCCAGUCUGGCCAAUGGCUUGUUUCUGCCCAGGGCUGGCCACGGCUCAUCUGCAAGUAUCAGGCAAGCUUCUCCAGGACAGCUGGUAACGGGCGUGCAGGCCGCAUCCCCCCACUUACCCACUCAUGGGCCUGCCUCUUCCAGCUGAGGGAACCCCCCACUUCCCCGACCCCCCAACCUCUGCCCUGUGAUGAAGGCAGCCAUGACUGCAGUCUCGGGACAACAAGGCUUCAUGGAGAACUAUGACUUGAAUUGAGCCUUAAAGAAUUUUUCUUAAAUAUCUUUUUUGUCCUCAUCCCUUAUUUCAAAAAGAAUGCAUGUUCAUUAGAGGAAACUGAGAAAAGGGUGCUAAACCAAAAGAAGAAAGUGAAUUCACCCCAGUUUCUCAGCCUAGAGGCAGCUCCUCUUAACAUUUGGCAAAUAUGCUCUUUACUCUUUUUUUCUGAUGCAUAAAAGUGGCCCAUGUUCCUUUAGCAUUUACUCUGUGAAGUAGUUGUUUGUUUACUGUCUUAACAUUACCAUUUUUUAUUAUU